GUUUGUAAUCAGUCACGUGGGCCGCGCAGGUCUCGAUAAAGCGCUGCUCAGGACGACACGGGCUAUUCGGAUCCUUCCUACUGUUAAUUGUUUUAUAUAAUAACAAAUUAAGACAGCGAUUUUUAUAAACAGCCGAAGCAUACAGUGAGGAAUAAUAUUUCUUAUCAACAGAAAUCUUGGUUUUGUUUCGACGUAGAUUCAUUUUCGACAGAUCCUCUUUCAAUUGAGAUCCCACACUGUGGGAAUGGGAAAUUAUGGAGGAUAAAGGGCCUCGUGUGGCCGAUUACUUUGUGGUUGCCGGCCUUACCGACUUGUCCAAACCUCUGGAGGAGGAGCUUCACUUUGACGAGGCCGGCCCCACGUCUGUCAAACCAAAAGCCCCCAUCACCGACGUAGCUGUGGUGAUCCGCUCCCUGGGUGAAGAGGUACCCCCAGGUUUCACCUGUGUUGAAAGCACCCCCUCAGGCCUCUCUGCAGAGCUCAAUGGAGCCAGCCUCAGGGGCCCGCAGAUAUUCUUGUGCUUCAAGCGAGGCAGAGAUAAGCCUCCACUGACAGAUCUUGGGGUUCUGUAUGAGUGGAAAGAGAAACUGAAAGCUGGAUGUCACAUCGUCCAGACCACACCCUCAGGACGCCCUGCCAACGUCAGCAGCUCGUCUUCCCAACGCAUCUACAUCACCUACCGCCGCGCCCCGAAGAGUCAGCCCCACACUUCACUGGCUGUCACUGAUGUCUGCAUCAUCAUCCCCGGCAAGGGGGAGACGCCUCCUCACACCUUCUGCAAGGUCGACAAGAACCUCAACAGCAGCUUGUGGGGAUCCUCAGUCUACGUUUGUUACAAGAAGUCUCUGGCUAAAGCAAACACAAUCGCAUACAAAGCAGGGCUGCUGUGUAGGUACCCUGAAGAGGACUACGAGUCCUUCCCCCUGCCUGAGUCUGUGCCUAUGUUCUGCCUGCCCAUGGGGGCAACGGUCGAGUGCUGGCCGGCACACACCAAACACUCCCUGCCUGUUUUUUCCACAUUUGUCCUGACGGGUGCCUCUGGAGAGAAGGUUUACGGAGCUGCCAUCCAGUUUUAUGAGUCUUACUCAGAGGAGAGCCUGUCUGAGCGUCAGCGCUCACAGCUCGGCCUCCCAAGUGCUGAUCUUGGACCUGACAGGGACAGGAGUGUUUACAGCAACAAGAGCAUCUGUCUGCUCUCCCACUGGCCCUUUUUCCAGUCCUUCAGGAGCUUUCUCACUUUCCUCUACCGAUACUCCAUCUCUGGACCACAUGCCCUGCCUAUUGAAAAGCACAUCUCUCACUUCAUGCAAAAUGUGCCGUUCCCUUCCACUCAGAGACCACGCAUCCUAGUGCAGCUGUCUCCACACGACAGCCUGAUACUCAGCCAACCUGUGUCGUCUCCACUGCCUCUCAGUGGUGGAAGCCUCUCCACAUUACUACUGAAUCUGGGCCCGAAGAACGCAGCCACUCUGCUGGUGCUGGCUGUCACAGAGCACAAGAUCCUGGUUCAUUCCCUGCGUCCAGCUGUGCUCACAAGUGUUACAGAGGCCCUUGUGUCCAUGAUCUUCCCCUUCCACUGGCCGUGCCCAUACAUUCCUCUAUGCCCGCUGGCACUGGCCGGUGUGCUCAGUGCACCGUGCCCUUUCAUCGUGGGUGUGGACUCCCGAUACUUUGACCUUUAUGUUCCCCCGGCUGACAUUAGCUGUGUGGACCUGGACACCAACACAAUCUCCCAAAAAGAUGACAAGAAGGCUUUAACAUGGAAAAUCUUGCCCAGGAGAGCCUGCAAACAUCUUGUGAAUACUCUGAAUAAGCUCUAUCAGCAGCUCACUGAGGGCGGUCAGCUGAACCGUGAAGAUGUGCAGAUGGAGCACACAGUAACUGACAUUGAGCUCAAUGGUGGGAAGAGCCUCCACACUCUGGAGCUGGAGAUCCAGGAGGCCUUCCUGAGCUUCAUGGCAGCCAUCCUACGAGGCUACCGUUCCUACCUGCUGCCCAUCACCCAAGCACCCUCGGAGAAGACCACUUCCCUCUUUGACAUCCAAGGCUUCGUAAAGAGCAGAGACCGCUCCCACCAGAGGUUUUACUCCCUCAUGACUAAGACUCAAAUGUUCAGCCGUUUCAUUGAGGAGUGCUCCUUCGUCAGUGAUAAAGACGCCAGCCUGGCAUUCUUUGAUGAAUGUGUUGAUAAGCUCUUCACCACUGGAGGCAAGAUGGACAGUGAGCGGCCAGAGGAAACCAGACUGAUUGAACUGGAUGAAUCCUACCACAGUGAGCACACCGUCUACAUCAACCCUCCAGAGCUGCCUCCUCUACCACAGGGAGAAGAGCAUCCUCUGUGCUAUAGCUACUCUGGGUUCCCUGUGCUGAAUGCGGAGCUUCUGGAGCCGCUGGAGGGACCAAAUCCUCCAUCAGCAGCCUCACGCCACAGCAGCCCAGCCAGUCCCACGGCCAUCUUUAGGCGCUCGAAACAGGAGAUCAAAUCAGCUCAAAGGAUGGCCAAAACCUAUUCCUCUAUGCCUCAGAUGUGGUCCAAGUGUCUGCUGCGCCACUGCUAUGGUCUUUGGUUCAUCUGCCUCCCAGGGUUUGUUGGCACCUGCCACUCAAAGGUGCGGGCUCUGCGCACAGCUUACGAUGUGCUGAGAAAGAUGCAGGACAAUAAGUUGCAGGCUCCAGAUGAGGUGUGCUACCGUGUGUUGCUGCAGCUGUGUGGGCAGUAUAGCCAGCCAGUCCUCGCCGUCAGGGUGUUGUUUGAGAUGAAGAAAGCUGGAGUUCAACCCAACGCCAUCACCUAUGGGUACUACAACAAGGCGGUGUUGGAGAGCACCUGGCCCUCGACCACCAGAGGAGGCUACUUUUUAUGGGGAAAGCUGAGGAACGUGGUUUUAGGUGUUCUCCAGUUCAAGCAAGCAGGGCGAAAACAACAGACGCCACACAGAGAUCCUCAGCUUUCAGACGGCAGUGAUCUUGACACAGUCAGUCAUGGCAGUUUGGACAGUGCCAAUGAUUCUGCUGAGCGUACUUCCAUCGACACCGACUUCACUAAAAUGGAUUCCAGUGAUGAUGGAUUAAGUACUGGUGGACAGUCAGAUCAAGGCUACGAUUCCCUAUCCAAAGAGGAGGAGCGGAUGUGCAACAGAGAGAACAACAGCUCCCCGGCGGUGGAAGACAAAGGACCUCGGCAGUCCACACUUGAGGUCGAGGUUCCAAUCAGCAGUAUCUCUCCUCCUACAAGAAACUGCAAAUCAACAGAUGUCAGUGCUGACAAUGGCAACAGGAUGGUUUCCUGUCCAUCAAGUGACAUCCUUCUGUGUGGACCUCUGCCAAAAACAGAGAGGCCAAAAUCUCUAGACUUGUCUGGGGGACAAGAACAUUUUAGGCUCACCGUCCCUCACCUUAGCUCAACAAAGCAACAUCACCUCGCUGGCGACAGACUGCACGGAGUAGAAGAAGAGGAGACAGAGACCGGUAAACAAAAACCUCUGAUGGAGAGAAGUGUCAGCUGCAGCAGUACAGUGGAGAGGCCAGGUGGGUCCAUCGUGAGGAGUGUCAGCUGCAGUGCUGGGACUGUGAGGAGAACAGGUAUUGAGAGGGGGUUUGAUCCCCUGUCAUUGAUGGCGACAGAUGCAGUACAAGAGUGUGGUGAGGAGAGCAGCGGCACGCCCACAGCCCGCCGCGACCUUGCUGAAGAAAUUGAGAUGUACAUGCAUAAUAGCAACAGCCCUCUGAGCAGCCGCACAUCCAGUAUGAACCUACAGAACCCCUCAAGCCCUUUGUUUAGAUCUGCCUCGUCUCCUCACACCUCCCCACGACCCUCCACCCUGCCCCUCUCCAACACACACCUCCCGCUGCCGGUGAAAUCCAGAGAGAGGCUGAGGCCGUCACCGUCUCUUCCUCUGGGUGUCUGUUCCAAAGAGAGGGAGAGGCCUUCCUCUUUGGUGUCACCUUCCUCACCUAGUCCGUCGUCCUCAUCGUUCUCCAUGGAUUCACUGUUCACCCCAUCUCUGGACAUCUUUAAGAGCAGCUUUUUAUCAGCAGGGAAGGGCGUGGCUGAAAAGGCCAGCCGCUUCUACUCUCGUCUGUCCUCACAGACUUCAUUAACACAGGAGACAAAUUAUGACCGGAUUAGUGUAUCCUCACUGACCUCAGGAGAGGCAGACUGCUCUUCGCUGCUUGAUAAUGACUCCUGUCUGGACCCAGAUGGCUUUACCUCUCCCCAGCACGGCAGUGUAUCCCGACUCAGGAGGAGCCCGGUUGUGGGUCGUAUCAACCUGGGCAGCCCCAGCAACCCCAACAGAGUGUUCAGACACAACUCCUUCUCUGGUGGUUUGGCACUUCCUUCUAAAAUGCCUCGCACUCCAGAUUCCUCCCCCGACACCAGCCGCUUCCAACCCACUCCCAACUACACCAUAGAGGUGCUGAUGUCCAGCUCCUCACUUUGUAAGACGUGUGACUGUCUGGUGUAUGACGAGGAGAUCAUGGCUGGCUGGACAGCAAACGACUCCAAUCUCAACAGCACUUGUCCCUUUUGCGGCACAGCCUUCCUGCCUUUCCUCAGUGUAGAAAUCAAAGACCUGAGACCACUGAGCAGGUCUUCUAAGGAAAGUAAUCAUGUUACAGAGGAGAUCACAUCAGCAUCUCUCAAUCCCGAGGCCAAAAUGUCUGCAGCAAACUGCGCAGCUCAGUCGCCCACUGCUCCCCCGGAGAAGAAGGAGAGCAACGGGAGUGCUGGGCCGACUCAGGUGACGGUUCCCUACUUAAGCCCCCUUGUUCUGUGGAAGGAGCUGGAGAGCCUGCUGGUAAAUGAGGGCGACGAGGCCAUUUCUUCCCCCACUGUUGUCGACCAACACCCCAUCGUCUUCUGGAACCUCGUGUGGUACUUCAGAAGGCUGGAGCUGCCGAGUAACCUGCCGGCUCUUAUCCUGGUCUCUCAGAACUGCAGCCACGGAAACCAGACUCCUCAGAGCGUUUCUUCCGAGGACAAUAAGCAGGUGCUUGUGAGGAUUAUGUGGGACAACCUGAAGUUGCACAAAGAAAAAGUCCAACCCUGCUAUGUCUUAUGGAACACACAUUGUGCAAACUCCCUGGUGCGCUCUGGGCUGUGUGAAGAAGGCCAGCUCUUCACUGUGGAGCUACUGCAGGGUUUUGUGAGGAGCAUUAAGAAGAGUGAUGUCUAUCAGCCCAUGAGCCAGAUCAUCCAGCUGCUGGGGCCAGAGCUGGGUUUUAAAAGACAGAGGAGCCUCUACAGAGAUUUAUUGUUCCUCGCUCUGGUGGCUUUGGGAAAGAACAACAUUAAUAUCAAUGCUUUUGACCGGGAGUACAAGUUAGCAUAUGAUCGCCUGACCCCCAGCCAGGUAAAGCUAACACACAACUGUGACCGGCCCCCCGGAGCAGGGGUCAUGGAGUGCAGAAGGACUUUUGUGGAGCCCAGUCUGUAAAGUACUUCUCUUCUUCUGUCACAUUGUGUGUGUUUUUUUUAAACUAUGGUCACUGCUGAUGGGUUUUUUUGGACUGCUCGUCAGACUCAGGACAAGCUCACCUGACUGGAGCAAAUAGCUCUUAAGCACAAUGGGAACAUGACACUUAAAAAAACUAACUGCCACAUGUUUCUUGUAUACUGUUAGAGCUGAAAGGCGUGGAGUGACAACCUAGUGUCUCUAAAUAUUCAGAAAAUCCACUGUAUUUUCAGUAUAAGUAUAGUAAAAUGUUUGUACAGUUAUUAUACAGUCUAUUUUAUGACUUUGUUUCUGUUGAAGCUGUGAGUAAGUAUGUCAAAGUUAGCGUGAUUACAUUGUCGCAAUGUAUAAAUGGUCCUGGGGACCUUGUUUAGACUGUUGUUGAGUGUGUGUGUAUAAUACAUACUUGUUUUUAGACAUUUGUGUUUUUACAAAGCACUUUGAAAAGAUGA